AUGCCACCGAACAAACCACCCCAUAAACGGCAGAAAUCAUCUAUAUUGAACCCAGGUGGAUUUCAUUUUGUGGAGGAUAAACAGGAUACACAACCACAGCUUCCUGCGUUUAACAUACCUGUUCAACAACAACCGCAACCUCAACCUUCAUCAUCGUCAUAUACUAAUCUAGAUCCAUCGUCCUUAAUCACUCAGGGUAGUUUCCCAACCCACACAAAUAGAUUAGAAGAACAAGACGUGUAUAAUUAUGCUUAUGAAUCACAACCUCUUCCUACAAAUGUUGGUUUUCGUCAGGGUCUGCAACAGCAACGUGGUCAAUAUUUAUAUAAUCAAGAGUUUCAAGGGCAUGUAGUGGGACAAACACUAGCACAGGCGCAGGCACAGACACAGGCACAGACACGGGAGCAAGCACAAGCACAACCUCAAGGAUCUUCUAGCAGACGUGUUGCUUCUACUGGAUAUGAUAGACAUAUUGAGCACCCACUAGCGUCUCCACCUGCUCCACCAUCUGCAACAUCUACAAGUUUCAACUAUCAACAGGGUGGUCCAUAUCAAAGUUCACCAAAUCAGCCAACGUACUACCACCAACAGCAACGACAACAACAACGACAACAACAACAACAACAACGGCAAGUACGAUCUAUACCAAACCCCUCACAGCAACCUUACUACACUGAUACCAACUAUCAACGUCCGUAUCAACAAAGUUCUUCUCAAAACCCAUUAAUUGGCGGAUCUUUUGCAUUCAACCCAGCAUUAUCACAACUUUCGCCAGCAUAUCCUACAAUUGAUACCAAUUAUUCCAACCCACAACAACAAGCAUCAUACAAUAUUAAUCCGGCCACUGGUGGCAAUAAGCAAUAUCCUCCUCAACAACCUAUAUUCUCGGGUGGAUCACUUCAGCCUUCAAUACAAGCUUCUUCCAUUACAUCUGGUCCACCAUCGAUACCUGCAUCAGUGGUGACAACUGCACCUACCCCGGUACCAGUACCAAUUGCAGCUGCGACUGCACAAGCUGCUGCACCGAGACAUCAAAAGAAUGCUUUAUCCAUUUCUUCACAUUUGACUUCGAUUUCUUUAGGGAGUGGUGGUGAUGCACAAGAAAACAUACCCACUAGUGAUCACCCUCGCAGAUUUCAUCGUAAUAACAAUUCAUUACUCGAUGAUCUCCUCCUGGGCUUGUUUACCGUUGAUGGAAACAACAUGGGUUCUUAUCUACAUUCGAUGAUCUGCAAAAUUAAUACUCAGUUCCCCUUGGAUGAUUUUUACAAUUUACUUUACAACAAUGACCGUCAAAUUCUGCUCAAUGCUGCAAAUUUCAAUUACAAUCAAAAAAUCGACAAGACUCCAAUUGCUUUACACUCUCAUGAUUCAGCCGCAUCUAUAAUGAAUCAAGUAUUGGAAGUUUUUAAAAACCCAGCUAUUUUAGUUGAUUUUAUCCCUAACCAUGACGAUGAUGACGGUUCAAAUAAACUAUUUUCUAUAAAUUAUCAUGAAUUGUUACGUACGUUUCUUGCCAUUAAGAUUUUGAAUGAUAUGAUGAUUGAGGUACCACUGAAUAUGGCUGAAGACCCCCUGACUUAUUCCAUACCACGUCUAUCUAUAUUCAAAACUUAUUUCAUCAUCUGUCAAAAGUUAAUUACAAGGUAUCCUAGUUCAUCAAACACGGCAAAUGAACAACAGAAAUUAAUACUUGGACAGUCAAAAUUGGGUAAAUUGAUCAAGAUGGUGUAUCCAAAUUUACCGAUCAAAAGAUUAGGCAGUAGGGGUGAGUCAAGGUAUCAUUAUCUUGGUGUGGUUUGGAAUGAACACAUUAUUGAUAAUAACAUCAAACAAUUGUGUGAUCAGCAUGAUUUGACCAAAUUGAACGAAAUGUUUAGUGAGGGUAAUGUUGAACUGAAUGAAUUGUUGUUUGCUGAAGGUUUGCCAACUGAUGCUCAUUCCCAAAUUAGAGCGAUUUCGACGGGAGUGACAACAAGAAGACAAGGUAGGAAACGAAGCCGUUCAAGUGCUAAAGAGAAGCAGAUGGUGGGAUCCAGAGGCAGCGAUGCUCACAGUUCCCAAACAGUAUCGCCUCCACAAAUGUCUUUCGUUAAAAUGGAUUUGAUGUUCCCCUUAGAGUCUAAUUUCACUGUUCUCAGUGACGAAGGUCGAGAGAAUUGGUUUACAAAGUUGUUGACUGAUAUUUAUUCAAAGGCACUUGUAAUUGAUCGAAACUUGAUCAAGUUUAUCUUGCUAACCAAUUCAAACUUGACUGAAAAAUCAAACUUGUUGAACAGUUUACUAAAAUCAGUUUUCAAUCCAUUAGUGAUACAAGAACAAACCAUCAUCAACCUAGAUUUGCAUCUAUACGCCAUCAUCAUACUUGAAGUGUUGCCAUAUUUGCUCCUAAUUAAAUCAUCGGCUGAUAUCAAUAUGGUGACGAAUUUACGUCUAAACCUCCUACACUUGAUCAAUAAUAUACCGCAAGAGAUAUUAAAAUUGAAUUCAUCAUUAUUUCCGUUGGAAAAUGUCUCCAAGUUCUUAAACUUGGUUAAAAAAUUGAUCAAUUUGAAUGAUUUGUUAAUUACAUUUAUCAAAUUGUUGAAUAAACAAGAACUCAAUUCAAUGAUGGCUAGGGACAUAGAGAAUUUUCUUGAUGUGAAAUCUACUGAUUUUUCAGUACAAGAAGGAGAUGAUUACUUAGGCAAUCUAAUGAGUGGUGUUGGUGGUGAUGGUGCAAGUUCAUUAACGAAUGUUGGUGAUGGAAGAUUUAAUUUCAAAAAUGAUAUUUUAUCUAAUGAUUUGAUUCAAACUUUGGUUGGAUUUCGAUAUGAUCCCAAUACGGCAUCGGAUUUGAAACGAUUGAUUUCGGUCAAUUCUAUAAACGAAGAAGUUGCGCUACUUGAUGAAUUUUUCAAGAUAGAUUUAUUAAAGUUCUUGACUGGUGAGUAUGGGGAAAAGACUCAGCCAUUGGAGUCUUCUUCAUUACUUCGUGCUCAAGAAGUGGGAACAAUUGUAGGAGAACUGGUGCCAUCAGCGCCGCUCCAAUCGUCAACACAACCAUUGCAGAAUGUUGCACAAUUAGUCACACCAAUUGGACAACCUAUUGAUGCAAAGGAACCACCGUCAUCAUCAAACACAAACACCGUGUUGAACCCCCAUGAAUUGACAAAAUUGAAGUCAUUACUAGCAUUAAUUGAUACAAAAUCGUUAUCACAGCAUAUUAAAUCAAAGUACCCCAUUCAAUUGUAUAAUAAUUUCAUUACUUUUAUUUUGAAUGAUAUAUUGAAGCAUAUUUUCUUGAAACAACAACAGCAGCAACAGCAACGAAGUCAAGUGGAGUCCAUGGAAGAAGGAAGUAGUAGUACCCAAAAUAGGGUCAGUCUAAACCCCAAUUCAAGUGAAAAUAGUUUUGGUAGUUGGUGGGUUUUCAACUCAAUUAUUCAGGAAUAUUUGAGUUUAUUGGGAGAGAUUGUGGGACUAAAGGAUUUAAUUUUAAAAUAG